AUGGCAACUAACGGCGCUUCGUCGUCCUCCACCACGGCCAACUCCGGUGGCCAUCCAACUAUUUCUCCAUCUCUGAAGUUUGUAAUUUCUAAUCUAAAAUUCUUGGUUCCUCAUGCUCUCACCCCAGACAAUUUUUCGAUUUGGAGCACCCAAAUCGCUAAGCUCUUUAGAGCGAACGGUUUUGCUCAUUUUCUUGAUCCUCAAUCUGCAACCGAAAAUACAAAUCCCAAUCAAGAUUCGCAAGAUUUGUCGGUCACAGAUCAAAAUCUCGCUACUGCUAUGUGUUCUACCAUCUCUCCUUCCGUCUUGCCGUAUGUGAUUCAUUUGGAAUCCACACACGAAAUUUGGUCUACCCUUCAUUCUCGUUUUCAAGCUUCAAAUCGUUCAAAGGUCAUACAGCUCAAGAACGAGCUGCACAACAUCUCAAUGCAAAAUCUGACUAUGACUCAGUACCUCACCGAGAUCAAGAAAAUUGUAGAUCAAAUUUCCUCAGCUGGUUCUUCAGUCGAUUCGGAGGAUGUCAUAAUAUACAUUCUUAAUGGAUUACCGCCUGAAUAUCAGUCAUUCACUACUACCAUUCGCACUAUGUAG